CGACAUCGUACGACGUUUCAGCCCAAGCUCACCACAUGGAGUCGCAUGCCCGGGAGCAGUCUCCCCGCCCAGCUCCAGCUAUCAAGCGUCGCAGGGUUGCUCUCGCCUGUGAUUCCUGCAGGCUCCGGAAAUCACGGUGCGAUAGUACUCGGCCUCAGUGUUCCUCGUGUGUUGAGCUGGGUUUUGAAUGUGUCUACAGACCUCCGGCCACCGCCACGAAUGUCAUCGUGCAAAAGGAUUAUUUGCAAUCUCUUGAGUCGCGGGUGUAUCAGUUGGAGAACUCGCUAUCGACCGUCAAGGAUGAUCUGAGCCGGUUAUCUUCUCGCGUUUCUCAUGGGACUGGUUCCGAGCCAAUCUCUUCUGGGUUUGACCACAAUGCGCGCCAACGCACUCCACUGCGUGAUCUCGCCGGCACGGAGGACUCUGUGGAUGCGAUGGGCACGAUUACCCUAGCGAAUGAGGAAGACUCUGGGUUCUUUGGUCCUUCGUCGAAUGUUGCCUUUACGCGUCACCUAUGCAGAGCCAUCGGGCACUGUAACACGCUCGACGGAACUGCUCCAGGGCUACUUGCCGAUACCCCGACGUACGACGGCGGCUUCGUCAGUGCCUCUCGGCCCCCGUCACCUCCCGGACGGACUGAUGGUCUCCGAUUUGACCGGCGUGGAAAGGACACCUUCAAACUACCACCAGCUUCAGAGACUCUCAGCCUGAUCAAGCAGUAUUUUACCAAUACUGGCCUGUUGUUCCCAUAUAUACAUCCACCCACGUUUCUCCAGACGUACGAGGAGAUGGUACGGGACAACUUUAAACGCGUGCGCCGGACAUGGCUGGGGCUGUUGAACAUGAUCCUAGCCAUGGUGACAAUCACAGCCAGUCCGUCUGGUGCCCCGGCCAGUACACGCAUCGCGGAGUCCGAUGUAUUCUACCAGCGCAGUCUCAGCCUGUGCCGGGAUGAGAUUCUACGUGGGACAACACUAGAGGUUGUCCAAUACCUACUUCUCAUGGGCCAGUAUCUGCAGGGAACGCAAAAGUCGGUUCAAGCGUGGACUGUGCAUGGUCUGGCGGUUAAGGCGGCGCUGCAGCUUGGACUCCACUCUAAGGAUGCUUCAGGGGCGUUUUCCCGGCUUGAGAAGGAGACAAGGCUUCGCACUUGGUUUGGUUGUGUGCUGCUGGACAGAACUCUGUGUAUGACAUUUGGUCGCCCGGCCGCCAUUCCGAACAGCUAUGUUAAACUUGAACUGCCCGCCGGGGAUGUUUUAGUGGACACAUCUCCAAUGGUCGACGAGCAGACCUCUUCUCUGAGUCUAUCCUUGUAUAAUGCAACCAUAACCCUCUACAACCAAAUUGCAAAAGCCAUUGAUCUACUCUACGGCCAAAAUCUAGGAUGCGACCCCCCAUCAAGUGUCAGCGAAAUAAUUGCACACGUGUUUUCUCUCGAGCAGGAUCUGUUCUCCUGGGAAAGGGCGCUGCCUGAAUCCGUACGGCUACUCAGCCUCGAUCAGAUGCACCAUCUUCGAAAUACAACUGCAUCAGAGUUUGACCUUGUGGCGCUCAGAUUCCGGAUUAUACUCACACUGCGAUACUCAAAUUUCCGCGUCCUCUUGCAUCGGCCCGUUCUUGUGCGGUUUAUUGAUUCCUGUGGCCGGUUGCAGUCGGAUCCACAGCAGCUCCAGCUCCUACAGCAGCUCGGACUAAACAGUAUUCAGAUCUCAAUGGACUCCACCAUGCAGAUCAUUGAUUUUAUACACGACAUUGUCCAUCACACCGACCACCAGCAUAAGCUUCUGGGCGCAUGGUGGUUUUCGCUUUAUUAUACGUUCAAUGCCGCACUGGUCAUACUCGGUAUACUGAUCGUCUGCCGCGAGGGAGGAAUGGCAGGCCAGAUCGUCGGCGCAGUGGCAGAUAAGAUCAGAGAGUAUCCCUUCCGCGCAGCCGCCGCUCUAUCCAAGCUCGAUAGCGGGAACCGCAUGGUGGUUCGAUGCCGUGUUUACCUCGAAAGGCUCAUAAGCACCUCAGGUCUCUACAGUAUUGAAGAGCUUAGCGCCGGGAUAUCGGGCGAUUCAUCUCUGGGCCUUCCGUGCCCGCCCUCGUCUGACCUGGAUAUUUCCCCGUUGGGUGUGGAGUUUGGAGAGUUUAUGCUCGAUGGGAACUUGUUUGCGUCGCUUAACCCGCCCGCUGCGUAGACUGCUGGCGCAUGCACAGCUGUAUUAGUCCCUUUCGCCGAGCGGCGCAAGUCCAAGCCACGAUAUAUAAACUGGUUGCACUGCAUCUGACUGAAUAGAAAGUGAUUGAGAAC